AAUACGAAGGGUCCCCGGCAAGCAUCACUAAUUCGAAGCCUAGUCAUGACAGUCUCUUCGUUGCGGCAGUGCUGAUACCGCAUUCCUCCCGCGCCAAACCCUAAUUUGUCCUCACCGCUAACAUCUCACCCCGCUACCCGAAUUCAUGGCCGAAACCAAGAGCCCGGACGGACCAACAUUUCCCACGAAGCGUAAGCCUGAUAUAAACGGCGAAGAUUCUCACGGUCACCAGAGCAAAGCUCAAAAGCUCGAAUCUUCGGAUCACAGGUCAUUGGUCCCAUCAGAUGAAGCAAAACAUCACGAGGCUUCUUUAAUUUCGGAUAACAAUGUUGAUGUUCUUAGUGGCAAUUGUUCUCCUGUCACUGACGAGAAAGUCGAAAAAGUUGAGUCCUAUGCGGUCGCAGAGGAUGGGGGCGAUGAAGGCGGUAAUUUCGUUCACGAUGGCGCUGAGGAUGAUGGGGACGAAAAUGAAGACAACGAUGGCGAGGAAUCCAAUGGAGAAGUUAUGGUGGACCGAAAGGGAAAAGGGAUUAUGACAGCUGACAAGGGCAAAGGGAAAUUGAUAGAAGAAGAUGACGAGAACGAUGACGACAGUGGCGACGACGACGAUUCCAGUGACGGUGGAGUUGUUUCGGAUGGUGACAGUGAUCUGUCGGAUGACCCACUUGCAGAGGUGGAUUUGAAUAACAUUCUUCCGUCAAGGACUCGAAGGCGGACAAUUCAUCCCGGAGAAUUCAUUGCUAAUGAUGUGGGAAAUGAUGAUGAGGAUGAUGAUAGUGACGAUAGCGAUAUAUAAGCCUGGAAGGAAGGGUUCGAAGUUCGAACUUGGGUGUUUCUAAAGGAACAACUAUAUAUCAGACAGCAAGUACGGGAAGAAGUUAUGCACUUGACUUUUGCAAGAUAAGAAAGAAAGCUUGAUCAACGGAUUUGCCUUAACUUCCUUGUUGAAGUCCUUGAUACUUGGCUAAAUAACAAAGUUCUCGGUAAGUGUGAUUACUCAUUUAGUAUACUAACUCGGUUAGCGUUCACUUUCCAAAGAGAUGAAGUUCGAGAGAGGGGAACGAGCUCAUUUAGUGCAUUAAUAAUUUAGGAAGUGUGAAGUGAUAGUAAUCUUUCCCACCCUUCUACCUCAACUUGAUGUGUAAUUGUUUGAAGCAGAUGUGCAAGCUAGGCUGUAUUUGUGUGAUGGUUGUUGUGCUGGAUCAAUCAGACUCAUGCUCGUCGUAGUUUUAAAACUAGGGCUGUUGGGGAAUGGAGACUAGUUCUUGCUGUGAUUGAUUUCCCCUUUUCUCUAGGCGUAUGACGUGCUAAAUAUUUGUUUUGUUUUUUGCCAUUCUUCGGCCGAUGCAAUAAUGGGCAGGGGAUGAGAAUGAUGUUUGACAGUUUUGGAGCGAAAUUUGAUUUCGGGUUUUAACUGGAA